AUGAUGUUCAAGGCCACCACCGCCAUUGCCCUCGCCGCGGCCCUUGUUUCCAACGCCCAGGCGGCUGCCGUUGACGGCGCCGCUGGCUUCAAGGCUCGCCAGGUCACCUGCCCGACCAGUGGCCAGCACUGUGGCUGGUUCCUCCUGAACAAUGGCUGCGUCGCCAACCGCGGUGUGCUGGACGCCAUCCCCCACAGCGGCACCGACGUGUUCAGGUCCAUCUGGGUGGUUGAGGACAGCCAGCCCGUGGCCUGGGUCCAGGAUUGCGUGUCCGGUUGCUCUGAAAUUGGUGACCGUCCCCAGACCGAGUGCAACUGA